CGUCUUGCGUUUGUGGUGGUGAUAUCGUUAGAUGAUGCCUUCGUAGGGCGUGGAUGAGUGACGAUGUCUGCCAAUUGCAACUUUUAAUGUAAUCUGAAUUAACUGAUUUUUUUAUAAGUUUCUCAGUUUUAUCGAUUUGACAAGUGCUGCAAUAUGGAACGACGACUGACAGUAUUUACUCACAUAUUAUGCUGCAUCUUUAUACACGCCAGUCUAGCAAGUGGUCAAGAUGAAAACCCUUGUCAGAUUCCACUCAUAAUCAGAGGGUCAUGGUUUUCAUGGGAAAAUGGCCAAAAAACACAGACUGAAAUCAAUGCAGAAACCAUGACUGGCAAGGGCUUCUGUGUCAACAUGCUUGAAGAAUAUCAUGUUAAUUACACUUUUGUAUUUCAAAAAGACAUCUGCUACCACUGCGUUAAGCUUAUUGUCAGAACAGUCAAUGUUUUGGAGAAGCUCGAAUCCAGUUGCGUAAAUUUAAGAAAUGGUGUCCAGCCAACAGUAGAAAACGUAUGCAGCGGUAUUCAUCCAGAUCAACAAUUAAUCACCUUAUUCUCAGAAAACUAUGUCCCUGUCAAUUGUCGAUCAUCUCUCGAAGGUGUUUGGCAAUUCGCUUAUCAAAAUCGAUUCAGAUUCACCGGUGAAUGUAACAACCCAGAUGCGCACAUCCGUUCAUGUCAAACGGCUGGAACUCAAUUUCUGAUAACAAAUCAAAAGUUUACAAUCAAUUACAAACGAUGCGAAAGUUUGGAAGGAACUUCGGAUGCAUUGGUGGAAUAUAGCUGCUUGGGAGACUGGUUUGUUGACAAAAAUCACUUUUUUGCUGUUGCAAAUACCAAAGAAUCUCGAAAGGAUGAGAAAUAUCGAUGUUUUCUUAAGAAUCGUGAUGACGAUUUAUACAUUGGUGUUUCUAUAACAGCUGAGUGUAAUACAUUGAAAACAGUUGAGAAAAGUCCUGAGCGUCUCAGGGUUACACCAGUGAAAGCCGAAGUCGUUGAACCAGGCUGCCGUCUACCCCAAAACAUGACGGGUGAUUGGAUAAAUACUGCCAACAUAGACGCUGACAUCUUCAUCAAUGAGACACAUAUCAUAGAAACUUGGUAUCCAGACGAGGGGCGUUAUAGACGAACUAUUUAUGUCUGUCGUGAGCAAAGGGAUACCAGAGUAAUGAUGGCCAGAUUAACGGUUGAUGGAUGCCAAAAGGAUUACGUAUGCUUUGAUUUUGUUCCACAACACCAUAAUAUUAUAAGAUAUAGACGAGGUAUUGCUGUUAUCAAAGACGAUUUUCAUACGGUGUGUUCCUGGGUUCAAUUCCCCAAUAAAGAAGCUUGGAAAUACGAUUUAUUCCUAGCAAAACAUCCAGUACCAGUCAGAUGUCCGGUGGCAGGAAAAUAUAUGUUUAAUCAGAGAGGAGACAUAUUGUUCGAAACAAGAAUUUUAGGUGGUGUGACACUUUCCCCUCGACCAAAUAUUUACUGUAAGCAAAAUAUUUCUGACUUAUCGGUAUGCGAUACUGAUCAGAAAGAGGUGGCUAUCGAUGAAACCUACUGCCUAUCUGUGGAUCACUUGGGUCGACCAGUAGACAUUUACAGCACACCUGACUACAAGAUGAAAUGCAUCGGUUUCUGGAAAGAAAAUUUGAAGUCGUACCUUAUCACGUAUGAUGAAUUGGAUGCAUUCAGUAAAUAUCGCUGUUGGGUUUAUCAGAGAGCAGAUUUAAAUCGAGUGUUGAUGUCUCAAGCCAUUGGACCUUACUGUGACCUUAACCAAGACGUAACAAGUAGUAACUACACCGAAGGUGCUGCUGUUGCACUAGAGCUACAAGAAUAUGAACGUGAAAGAGAUCAGUGUCCAAUGCACUUUGACGAUGGCAGUAAUCCAUGGGUGCAAACAGAAAAUUACAUCAAAGUGUUUCACUAUGGCAACGGAGGUAUCACUCUGAGUUCAUGUAACACAUUCUCCGUAGUCUUAUUUCUGAUUACCAUGCGUUUCUUUUAGAAAACAAAUAUUCCCUCAUUCAUGACUACCUUAUAUGGUGCUUGACGUUAUUGUGAAUAGGUUGCAGUACCUGUAAUGACUGUGUUCUUUGUUCAUAACCGAAUAUCACAUUCCGUGCUAGUACUUUAUCAUUAUUUUCACAUAUCAAGUUUUGAAACAGGAAUCUUGAUAUUAAGCUGCACUUUGAUUACGUGAGAUCAAAGUUAUAUAAUAUUUUUUGGCUCCACGCGAAGCCCUAAAACGUAAAUACUUAUCGUUAAAUUUUUCGUACUUUAUUAGUUCGCACAGCAAAAACCUUUUCAUAAUAGCAAGAGAAUGAAAUAUUCAAAGGAUUAAUGCAAUGCUCAAAAAAACAACACGAAUCUCACAAGUUCAAGCAGUGUAACUGCACGGAUUGACAUCGUCUAUAAAAUGCGAGAUUGCAUAUUUAAUAUCCAUUUCAAAUCAUCUAAUACCUGUAUAAUUAUUAUUCGUAUAAUCCUAUUUUUAUCUGCAGCUACAUGACUAGAGAAUUCCGUUCAUUUGACGUACUUGAUUUGUUGUGAUUGAAGAAUUUUUGAACUUUAAUAUUGACGAUUUAUUGAUCAAUCUAAACAAUCAGUGAGAUCGGUAGAGACAUCUAUAUAUUUGUUACAGAAUAAGUAAGGCGUACCAGCCCACAAUCUAUUUGUAUAAUUUCUAUGAAUUUGAUUCUUAGUUCUAUUUUUUAUAGGAAAGAAGUACAUACUCCUGUCCGUCCAUUAUUAUUAGAACAACUAACGAUAGUAUGACUGCAACUGAAAAAGUCCAGUCUAUUUGUAUAAUUUCCAUAAAUUUGAUUCUUAGUUCUAUUUUUUAUAGGAAAUAAGUACAUACUUCUGUCCGUCCAUUAUUAUUAGAUCAGCUAACGAUAGUAUUUCUACUGAAAAAGUCCAAUGCCUCAACAUCUCAGACGUGUAUAUCUUAGACAAACGUGUUAGGAUUUAUAUCCUACACAAUUACGACUCAACAUUUUUUCACUGCAAUAAAAUUACGACUAUUUUCAGUGGUAGUUACGACUAUUACACAUAGUUUAUCAGUGAAAUAUAGAAUAUUAGACCAUUAUCCAAUAAAUUGGAAUAUACAUAUAGUACACUUUAACAUUUGAAGAGUACAUUUUAAUAGAGUUAUGAGGUAGGACAUUUUUUUGAUAAUUGUGAGUCCUUGUAUUGUGAAUCACUCGAUUAGCACUAUAUUGUUAUGCAAAAAAUAUAUUUUGGAAUAAAUUUUUAUUACAAUUCUA